AUGCCUGGCAAGGCUGCGCUACCAUCCCAUGUCAUCAAAUUCACCAACUGUCGUAUCGUGAAAGGAAACGAGCUUGUUAACCAGGAUGUCUGGAUCGAGUCGACGUCCGGUAAGAUCCUCCGGGCCCAGGAAGCAUUCUAUGGGCUGCACCUGUCCCCAGAUGAGGUCAUCGAUCUAGGCGGACGUAUCCUCGCUCCAGGACUCAUCGACUGUCAGUUGAACGGUGCUCAGGGUUUCGACUUUUCGAUCCCGCAGGCUUCCAAAGAGGAAUACGAUGAAGGAUUGCGGGUAGUAAACAAGGGCCUCGCCAGGACCGGGGUGACUUCGUAUCUCCCUACGUUGGUCAGCUCAACUGCAGAAGUAUACCACAAAGUCCUUCCGUCACUCGGCCCGGCAGGGAGCAAGCAUCGCCCAGAGGAUGGCGCCGAGUCGCUUGGCGCGCACGUCGAAGGCCCGUUCCUGAGUCCCGGCCGCAAUGGAAUCCAUAAAACGGAUGUCCUUCGGUCAGCAACUACGGUGGAGGACCUGGAUGAUUGUUAUGGUCGCGAGAACCUCUACGGCCCGAACAAGACUAUUAGACUGAUAACGGCUGCGCCCGAAGUCGGCAAGAUGAUGUCCAAUAUCCCGCACAUCGUCUCCAACGACAUCAUAUACUCAAUCGGCCAUUCGGACGCAACGUAUGAGCAGGCCCUUGCAGCUAUCGACCAAGGCGCCACAAUGGUUACCCACCUUUUCAACGCAAUGCGGCCCUUCUACCACCGCAACCCAGGCAUUUUUGGUGUUCUCGGUCAGCAGAGCGAGCGCCGGCGCAGUUUAUUCUACGGCAUCAUCGCCGACGGCAUCCACCUGCACCCGACCUCCAUCCGCAUCGCAUACAACGCCCACCCAGACGGUCUCGUCCUCGUCACGGAUGCCAUGAAACUCUGCGGCCUCCCUGAUGGCAUCUACGACUGGACAAACGGCGAGCGCAUCGUCAAGACCGGCGCGCGCCUGACCCUUGAAGGCUCUGACAAGAUCGCCGGAAGCUCCGCUACGCUUAUUGAGUGCGUCAACAACUUCCGCCGAUGGUCCGGCGCGUCCACGGCGCAGGCUUUGAAUGCGGCCUCGGCUGUGCCGGCACGGCUUCUUGGGCUUCAGGGCGUCAAGGGGUCAUUGGAUAGUGGCGCUGACGCAGAUCUCCUUGUUCUCAGUGAUGAGGAUGAUCCUUACUCUGGAAAGACGUUAAAGGUAAACCAAGUCUGGAAGCGGGGGACGAAGAUUUAUGAUUCCAGCAAAGACACUGGUCAGAUUUGA